AAUGAUCACAAGAAUACAAAACCUCAAACCAAUUGCGUUUCUCCGUCUUACAGACUAUAACCUCCGUGUGAACAGGCCUUCACAGGAAGCAUUGCCGUUGUACUACAGGUAUGUUUAUAUAGCUAUAGUAAGUUUAUAUUGUUUUGUCAGCAAAUAUUAAUGUAUCGGAAUAUACUGUAACUACUCGUUAUACCAAUUUCUAUGUGUUUUGUAUUUGGAUAUUUGUUAAUAAUAAACUACAACAUCCCUUAAUCAGGAUCUUCAUAUGCGUGCGUGUAUGGAUAAUACGUUACAGCCUGCCUGGCAUUGAAAAAAACAACUGUGAACAAUACAACCAUGCAUAUUUAUUGUUACGUUGCAAGGCUUUGGAAAGGUGGAGAAUGUUGAAAUAACGAGCGCGAUCUUCCAUAAUUUCAACCACAAUAUAUACUUAUGAGACAGGUUGUUCAAAGCAAGAUCAGCGCAAACGGGUUAAAUUUAACCAAUUGCCUUGGUUUACCUUAUAGUGUGAUAGUGUAAAAUUACAGAUGCUGCUGUUAUAAAGCCAAGAAAGGCGGCUGUCAAUGAAAUAUGAUAAGUUCUUUGGAAGCUUUCGCACCGUGGUUCAGAUUAGGUUUUCAUCUCCGUAUAUAGCAGGAAACUCUUUAAAUAACAACAGAGACCAGUGGUUGGACUUGCCCACAAGUCGAUCUCGAAUAGCGAGCGUUGAGCGGCAAAGCCGCGAGCCGCGAGAUUUGCUUGUUUCGCUUGCAGAAAUUUGGAUCGGAUUAAAAUUCUGGCGGGAAAAUUAUUGCAGCUGCAGUUAAUUAUUACGCAUGUAAGUUUCACAAAAGUUGUCAAUAUCAGCUCAAUUUGUAAAUAGCUCAAAUUUUAAAACACAGUAAUUUCUAAUGACAAUAACUGUUAAAAUAACAUAAGCGGUUGGACAAAAUGCUAUCAAUUUAAAUUAAACUAAAAUGCCGUAUAAAUUUACAGUAUAGAUUUAUAUUGUCUUCUUCCUAUUACUAUAUUUUAUUUAAUUAACGGUUUCAAGACGUUCUCCAAAUUCCAUGGAUGAUGUAAAUAAGCGACGGCGAUUCUUUCCCGGACAUAAAAAGAAGAAUGUUUGCGAAAACAUUGAACUAUUACAGUAAUAAUUGGAAGAUUUCGUCGUAGUGAAACAUUCCCACAAAUGCUGUUUGCCGUUCUUGUAGGGACAAAAACGGCGCUUUAGUUUAGAAAAUUAAUUCAGUCAAACAACAGUUCGCCUCUGUUGCCAAUAUUUUAUUGCAUAUUUGAGAAGAACAGUAUUCUCUACUUUGAAACGACGUUGUUUUAUUGUUUAUUUAUAUUAAAUAAGUCGAAAGCCUAAUCUCUGUAACGACAUUUCAAUAAUUAAUUCAAAUGACAAUAGAAUAAUGACAAAACCCCAAUCAAACCCCGGUCAAAAAAUCCACCGGUAUAGAUUUAGCGCACUGCAAAUGAGAAAAGUCCUUUCCAGCAUACAUACGACCGCGAAAAGAAAAAAACUGGGAAGGACUUUGGGAAAGUCUAACCAGUGGUCAGACCAAUAAAUUGUUUUACAGUUGCUAAAUUUUAGUUCAGUUAAAUUAUUGUUUAUAGGGUAUAUUGUCCGUUGCACAUUGUUGCCUUGCUUUUCUGUUUUUGAAGGCUAGAAUAUAUAUAGGAGCCAUAAUAAAGCAAAUGAACUGAAAAUUGACUUUCAUUAAUUAUUAAACAACUUAUCAUACUAUAUUCGUUGGAUUUUGAAGCAGCAUAAAACUAUAUCAGAACUAGAUUGAGUGAUCAUGUAUACACCUUGUAAUAUUACUGAUGUUGUUUACGAUGUAUGUAUGAAUCGAGGUCUAAUCCCCGAGCCAACGGCGCGCAGCGCCGUUCUGGGCGUAUAAGCCAGAGGAGAGGGUAGUAAUUCCGCCCGGUUAUUUACCCCCUUUGCCAACGAAAUUGUUGACGUAGAGUAACGUGUCAAACCAGCCAGUGUAGCGUAUUUGUCUUUAACAUACAUAUCAUUAUUUCGUCAACACUCAAAUUCUUUUCUUUCUGAUAUAAUGACGCGACAAUAUGUGUUCCCCCAUUUCUAUGUAUAGCCAGUUUAAGAGGCAGUCUAUGUAAGAACCUCAUGACCUCUUUGGAUCAAGAAAUAGAUUUCUCUCAAACUUGGUACUUGAGAUUGCCUUUAUAAGGGUUGCUUCAAAAUGCAUCUUGUUUUCAGUCUAACUGCAUUUUGGCAAAGUUCCAGGGGGGGUCAAGUUGAGGGCUAAAAUUAUGAUUUUUGCUGUUUCUCAAUAGUGGAUUUUUACUGAUCCCUAAACCUCUCUACAUCAAACAAAAAUAAUGAUAAAACUAAAUCGUUCCACACAAUAGUAGCCUUAUAUGUCUUAAGUAAAAAGGUAUCUACACAUUUUUCAAAUAUGUUUUCUAAUUAUAGAAAUGACAUCAUUCAUGACAGACUAAAAUAGAGAUUUCCAAGUUCCUUAAAAAUUGUUGAAAUAAAAAUCCUAAAAUUCAAAAGUUAGACUUGCCAUGAAUGUAAUAUUAUUUGUAUGGUGGGAUUAAAGGUUGGUCUUACAUAAUGUAAAAUUAAAUAUUGCGGCCUGUAAAUUCUGGGGGUACGACAGGCCAACAAAUAAUCAACAUUUUCGACUUUCGGUAGUUUAGAUCAAAUAAGAAUGUUCACCGUUUACUGUAAACUCUGCUUUCAAAGACCGAGAUUUUACUUAUUAUUUUGACCUAGAACAGUGAUAACAUUCGUUUGACCUUUGCUGUUGUCUAAGGUCUUUUAGGGAAAUGCACUGACACAGGCAUUUCCCGUUAUGUAGGACCGUAUUGUACAAAUAAUAAAAAUUUUCUAGCUGAAUAUAAACGAAACAAGUUAUAAAUUUGCAACAGGUAAAGAUGUCCGUUAGUCAACAAAUUAUCGAUCAUCGAUUUACUUUAAAGAUUUAUUAGUUUUAUAUUUUAAAAGUCAAGAGAAAAGUACUGCAAUAUUAAAUUAACUAAUACAAGGAUAUGCCUCGAACGACAGCCUUGUCAUUGAAUGACCCCGAUUGUCAGUAGACUUACUAUUUGACUUUCGUCAGCUGUCAUUAUUCUUUAGUGUUAAUCCCUUUCGAUAUCUUAAUGAUUAUUGUAGACACAGUCUUGUAAAUAAAUCUUGAUUAGUCUUCAUCAGCAGCCUAUGCUAGUCAAUUUCUCUGUUGUUUUUACUCCAUUUUGUUAUUGUUAUGGCGGAAGCUGCUGACCAGCCAAAUAAUUCGGCUCUCAAACGUUGGCCCGUCGCAUUAUUAAUCCGCACUCCCUCCCCCUAUCGAGGACAUCCAUUUUUUGUCCCCCCUCCCUCCCCUAGAAUUUCCAGAUAUUUUAAGCGAAUUUUUAGCCUCCCCUGUGGAAUUUCCGCAGAUUUUUAUUGAAUUUUAGCCAUGCCCAAGGAAUUUGCGCAAAUUUUUUAUGAACUUUUAAUCCAUCCCAUGGAAAUUCCUUGACAGUUUUUGAUCUAGCCAGUGGAAAUUCCGUACUGAUUCUUUGAUUAGUAGCUAUCCCUUGGAAAAUUCCUUGCUGAUUUUUAUCCUAUCCUUUGGAAUUUCUUUUCCAUUCUUGACCUCCCAUGGAAAUUCCAUACGUUUUACUCAUUUUUCUUACCUACCCUUUGGAAUUUCCGCAGAUUUGCUUUAAAAUUUGGACCCUCCCAUGGAAAUUUUGGAGAUUUUGGCUCCAUCAAACAAAGAUCAUGAUAAACCUACAUCCUUCCGAAAAAUAGUAGCUUUAUAUGCUUUAACUGACAAAGUAUCUAUAAAUUUUUCUGAUAUAUUUUCCAAAUAUAGAAAUGUUUAUGUAUUUAGAAAAAUUAGAUUUAGUCUGUUUCAUUCUUGACGGAGCAAAGCUUAACAUUAUUUCCGGACAAAUAUUUUAAAUAAACACAUUUUAAUAUUAAAGAUAUAACAAUUGCCCAAGAGCUUUUAGCUCAUCAAGGGGCUCUUGUUCUAUUUACAGGAAUUUGGUUGCAAGUAGGCGGUAAAUAUAUUAUGUCAAUUUAAAAUAUAACAGGACAAAUUAAUAUAACCAAAUAUUAGAAAUUUUUAGAAUUGGGACCAAUUUCAUAACUUUUACCAAACAUUGACAAACUUUUGCCAUGUUUGACCUGCUGUUUCGAAAGCAAACAAUUCGCGACAUGUUGCACAUGUUUAUAACAAUGGAGGAAUGACUAGCAUUGCCUGUUGGCAAAAAAACAAGAUUUUAUACAUAUGAGACUGUGUCUAAAAUAAUCAUAAGAUGUCGAAAGUGAUUAAUUUAAAUCCCUAAAGAAUAAUGGCAGCUGACGAAUGUCAAAUAAUAUGUCAACUGACAAUCGAUUCGUUGAUCGAGGCAUAUAUUAUCUUUGUAUAAAUUAUAUUGGGGUAGGUUUUCUCUUGACUUUUUGAAUAAUCUUCAAAGUAAAUCGAUGUUCGAUAAUUUGUUAACUAACGGACAUCAUUACCUGUUGCAAAUUUAUAAUUUGUCUUUGUUUAUAUUCUGCUAGAAAAUUUUUAUUAUUUAUACAAUACGGCCCAUACUUAACGUAAAUGCCUGUGUCAGUGCAUUUUCCUAAAAGACUUUAGACAACAGUAAAGGUCAAACGAAUGUUAUCACUGUUCUAGGUCAAAAUAAUAAGUAAAAUUUCGCUCUUUGAAAUCAGAGUUUGCAGUAAACGGUGAACGUUCUUAUUUGAUCUAAACUACCGAAAGUCGAAAAUGUUGAUUAUUUGUUGGCCUGUAGUACCCCCAAAAUUUACAGGCCGCAAUAUUUAAUUUUACAUUAUGUAAGACCAACCUUUAAUCUCACCAUACAAAUAAUAUUACAUUCAUGGCAAGUCUAACUUUUGAAUUUUAGGAUUUUUAUUUCAACAAUUUUUAAGGAACUUGGAAAUCCCUAUUUUAGUCUGUCAUGAAUGAUGUCAUUUCUAUAAUUAGAAAACAUAUUUGAAAAAUGUGUAGAUACCUUUUUACUUAAGACAUAUAAGGCUACUAUUGUGUGGAACGAUUUAGUUUUAUCAUUAUUUUUGUUUGAUGUAGAGAGGUUUAAAAAUCAGUAAAAAUCCACUAUUGAGAAACAGCAAAAAUCAUAAUUUUAGUCCUCAACUUGACCCCCCUGGAACUUUGGCAAAAUGCAAUUAGACAGAAAACAAAAUGCAUUGUGAAACAAACUUUAUAAAGGUAAUCUCAAGUACAAAGUUUUAGAGAAAUCUAUUUCUUGAUCCAAAGAGGUCAUGAGGUUCUUACAGAGACUGCCUCUUAAGCUCCAUAGCAUUCUUAUAGUUUAUAAUAAGGAAUUCCAGCUAUCGAAAAACUUGCCGGGAAAGUUGUUGUUCUUCCGUUUCGCGAAAAAUGGCGGAUGCACAAAAAGCACAUUUGUGAAGCACACAAGAGUGAAACACAUUUGGUAAAAAGUUACUGAUCCAUCGAAAACUACCUUUUCCUGGGUUUUCAAGUACAUAAAUUGAUCGUUGCAGUGUACUCUACAUUAGACAAUUUACCUCUUCCAAUAAAAUCCUGUAACGAAAGAAUGUAGAUUUAUUGUUUUUAUCUAUUUUUGAUCGCUUGAUUUCCAUAUGUACUGGCAGUUGAAUAUAUAUCACCCUUUUUUUGGCCGACAGGUUGUCAACAUUUCCCAAGAGCUUAACCUUGAUAUGCUUUGUGGCGAAAACAAAACUGGCUCACCUGCAACUUUAUUGUUGUUUCCUCACAAUAUCGACUAUAUAAAGUGAUGUUUCUUGGCUGUUAUUGAGACUGGUUCUUGGUUAUAUUUUUGUCGUGGCCAUAUGUAUAAAUACUGUAGUCUGUAGUUAUAAAAAUUAGGAUUUUCGUUGCCAUGUGUGUAUUUGUAGUCAUAUUAUAAAGUUUCCUGCAAUCAAAAUAAAUAACUGAAGGUGUGCCAUAUAUAUGAAAAGUCCUUUGUUUCCAAACUCAUUUAGAUACUAAAAUUACAGAGAUCUUUGUUCUAGAGUUUGCAGUGGGUUGUUAUUACAAUGUCCUCCCCUCUAAAUAUAGUUGUGAUACCAUUAUUGAACAGCUGUUAAUCGGAACUAUAAGAUAUAAUUGUUUAUUAUGUAACUAUAACCUGGGGUUCCAGUGUCUGCCAAGGCAAAAUAUGUAAUGGGGAUUGAAGUUCUGCAUGGUGGCCAUUAACUUCAAACACCGUUGAAUACUGUUUUAUGUAUAUCUUGAUGUUGUUUCAAUCUAGUUUGAAAAAUCCAGGAUCCCCGUGCGCAUAUUACAGGGUUUAUAUGCAACCUUCAAUAGGGGAAAAACUGGCAAUCGCACUGUUCUACAACAUAUUUCUACUCUUUUAAUUAUUCUAUAAAUCAAAGGUGCAAGGAGGCUGAAGACAUAUAUUCUAAUAUUGCACAUCCGAACAUCCAACAGCAUUUUAAUCCACAGCAAAUGGAGAUUGAAUUGGGGAUGGGAUGCCAACAAGUCCAAUUAUUCCCCUUCCCAAAUAUUACGCUUGCCUCGCUGUUUGCCUGGCGCAAGUAAUAAACAAAUCAAACUUGUCCAGAGAGUGGUGGUGGUAGGUAGGCAAGGGAGUGGAUGUUUUAUGAAAAUGCCCAUAUUCCAAAACAAACACAAAUUGCAUUUCUCAGAUCAUGAUCAGGGAAUUUCGUCUUAAUGAUUAGCAGGAAUGUUUAAAUAAUGCACGGUAAAUGACAAACCUGCAAGACAAGGUAGGCAAACCCUGUGUUGCAAGUCCAUUAGUAAAAAGUUUCUUACUGAAGUCGAAUUUUAGUUGAGACUAUAUUUAUAAAUAAUGCAUGGUAAUAAGCUCGCACGUCAAUUUUGAAUAUAAGCCUUGAAUGACCACUACAAAUACAAUCCGGUUACACAUACAUGAACAUUAAUUUGAUCUUGUUACCUAUGAGAUAACAAAUAACAAACUGCAAUCACUUUCCUCACUGGAUGCUGGAACCUCUUUCAUGGUUUUAUCACGAUACGGUGAGACCAAAACACAUUGCAGAUAAUCGCUGCAGAAGUUACAGAGUCAUGGAGCGUCAAUAAAUCCAUAGCACAAGAUACCAACUCCAAAUUCCAAAUUUAGUCGAUUUUAUAAUUUUAGCUAACUAUAAAUAUAAUGCGAAGGAAAUGGACUUCCUUUCUACGCCAAGAGUAACUGAAUGCCAACUACAAACGAAAAUUGUGUACAGGUAGCUAAAAAUUGAGUUACUGAGUAUGUUGAGCUUGCUAACUUAACGUGAGCUUAAUGGCUGUGUCACCAUAGACUGGGCUUCACUCUAAGAUUUGCAACUUGUCAACUUCAAUUAAAUAAAAAUGCAGAGGCAUGGGAAGAUUGGAAAACCCACCUGCCCCCUUCCUCCGUCUGGUGGUGGAGCAGGAAUAAACACUGUUCGGUGUAGGGUUAGGGUUGCUGGAUCACGUACAAUCUUGUUGGUCUUACAGUCAGUGUACAAGGAAGAGCAGUAGGAAAUGUACUCUGUGUGUGGGUGUCUAAGUGUCUUAAAAUAUAAUUAACCUUUCCCUCUUCCCAGACUCGACCUCGUGUAUUUUCAGUGUUUGAAGGAGUAUGUAGUCACAGGACCAUGCGCACAGCAUAUCUUCAAUUACCUAUUUUGAUGGCAGGACACUUUUGCUACAUAUAAGCAUAUGACCACAACAAAAUGUAUAGCAAAGAUAAAGUAAAUAACCAAGCAAAAGUACUUUUUUAUUGAAGGAGCAAAAAGAAAGUUGCUAGUAAACCGGGUUUAUCUUCGCGACAAAGCAUAUCAAAUUUGGGACAUGUUGAAAACAUGCCGGUCAAAAAUUUGUGAUUUUCAACUACCAGUACGUGAAAAUUAAGCAGUCAAAAACGAUAAACAAAAAAACAACAACGAAUGUAGCUUCGCUCGUUACAAUGCUAUUAUUUGAAAAGUUAAACUACCUAACGUCCUCUUAACGAUUACUUUAUGUACCUGAAAACAGACUAAAGUGCUCGAGUAAUUUUCGAAGAUAUAAUCUUGAUCCGUCUGUGCCAGCUAGUGUCGGUAGUGCAAAUAUAAAUUUAGCUGUGGUUGGUAGAGAAGCAAUUACCUGCAAAACAUUCGAUGUUUCGAUCGAAGGCUAUUCACCAAUCUUUUCUUUCUAAUUUUUUCAUAUAGUUUCCGAAGCAAGCUUUUUGCCGAAUGAACCUUAGUAUUGUGCGAACUGGAGAGCAAUUCCUCACUAAAUUUCCACUAACUUAGGUCAAUUUUUCAUCAUAAAUUUCAAACUAGUCUUUGGAACAAAGCAAAAAGUAUUAAAAUGAAAAAUAUAGCGACUGUAAAAUCCCCAUUUUUUGCCAGUCAUUUGUGGCGAAAUGGAAGAGUAUCCACUUUCCCUGGCAUGAUUUGCGAUUGCUAGAAUUACCUAUUGUUGAAGAAUGAAAUUCGGUAAUUCGCAAGAAUGCAAUGCUAUUAGAUUUCAUACAGUACUAAAUAAUAUACUCUUUUGAAUAUUUCUUUUGGACAGUUGUGAAUACCGGUCCGUACAACCAGACGUUUAGCAGCGCAGAGGAUGUCGGUAGCAAACGAUACUACAAACGGAGACGGGGUGGCUGAUCCAGCAGCAAAUGCGAGAUUUCCCGUAAUGGUUUCAGUCUACAUACCAGCGUUCUUAAUCUCUGAAAUAGGGAAUGGUUUUGUUGUUUAUUCGCUCGCCUAUCUUAAACGACGCCGACGCACAGCAAUAGAUAGUUACAUAUUAAACCUUGCCAUUGCCGAUUUUAUAAUAACAACAAUGUCGUUGUUCAAUGCAAUCGAAUACAUGAAGAAUGAGUGGAAAUUAGGCGAGGCAAUGUGUAAAAUCCAUGGUCAGACGGUGGAAGCAAUGUACACUGUCUCGACUUUCACGCUCCUAGCUGUGAGUUAUAACCGCAGUAAGGCUGUGAACGAUCGUUUAAAGAUACUUAAUGCAAAAAGAGCAUUAAAGCGAAAGAUUGCUUUAAUAUGGUUAGCUGCAUUUGUUCUAACAUCCCCGUUGGCGUAUGCUUACACGGUGGCGAAGAGGAACGGCAAAUUUCAUUGCAGCAAUACCAACCUUGAGAAGAUGCCUCGAUCAAUUUACUAUCUUCUUCAAGCUGUGGCUCUAUUUUUCGUUCCUGUCGCGAUCAUGAUAGUGUCUCAACGAAAGAUAACCAGAGGCUUACGUCAACAUUCACAGAUUUACAGGGCCUCAAUGGAUUGCAAAAAUGCGCAUUGGAAAAGGGUGAUGACCGACGAAAAACGAGUUGGCAGAUUUCUUACUUGGAUUUGGGUUGUUUUUGUCUGCUGUUUCACGCCUCAUAUCACACUGCGUACCAUAGAUCAUUUCACAUCUUUAAGAAGAAACGAAAUAUUUAACCAAAUAUGGCACGUCAGUCAACUGGUGGCGCUACUUAAUUCGGCUAUUAAUCCGUUCUUAUACUACCGCACAACAAACAAGAACGGCGCUAAAGCUGGUCGUGUUGUUAGAUUAUUUUGUUGCAUUCGACAAGGGAAUAAACGCGAGGUUGCGUGUAGUGAGGCAUCAACCACAAGUUCCAAAGGUAGCCAUGUUAUGAGCCAGUUGACUAGCAAAAAGUGAGCAAAGAUGUGCCCCAUUUUCAUUGUAGAAUAUAUAAUUGAUAUAAUUAUAUUUGAAUAUGAUUUUGGUGAAACAGUUUUUUUCUGGGCCCAGGCCUCUCUUCAACCAAUUUCAUUACUUUGCCAAAAUUAAAAAAACAAUUACCAAAGGAAGCGAGGCAUGUAGGCGAGUAAUGUUGUUCUACACAAUGAGAGGAAUAUACCUAGAAAAAAUAAUGUUAGCAAUAUUCUUUUUCUACAAUGAUAUGAUGAUAUAUCCACUGAUUCAGCUGACUUCGAAAUAGAACUGCAUGGAGUACUUGUAGGCGAAUUACUGUAAAACUUAGCAGGAAAUUUUCUAGUGUUUCAGACUUUUGCGAAGAAUAAUGCUAAAUUUUGAUGCUGCAUCGCAUGCGUACCCCCAUGCAUUUUGAAUAGCUUUUGUGAUCGCGUAGUUGCCAGAAUAUUCUAGUAGUUUUCUCUUUUUCCAUUAAUUUUACGAGACCAGUGGUGAUUACGAGAAAUUCAUAUGUGAUUAUACCAUGAUCACAUGUGUUACUAAAAUUGGGCAAGUGAAAUUUUUACAAGAAGAUAUUCAUUUAAAAAAUAAAAAUUCUUAGUCAUACUUCGAAAAUUCCCAGGAUAAAAAUAAUUUGCUUAAUCUUGUAGCACAACGGAUGAUACAUUCAUGAUCAAUUGCCAGAAUUGUAUCUCUUUCACGAAAACGAACUCGAACAAAUCAUAUUGUUCGCAAGAAGAUACAAUCAAAAUAAUCGCCGUUGUUUAUUUCUUCUAACAUUUUUACUUAGCUUUGUUUAGAAAUGCCUAAACUUGGAAGUUACAUUUUGUAGGUUGGUAAUGCAUGCAUUUUGUUCUGCGUACACAAUACGAAAUCAACAAUCUUGUCUUUUUUUUUUACAUUUUCUAACAAAAAGACUGAACAAGGUAGUUUUAGUUUUGUUAUAAAUUUACACCUGCACUGAAAAGGAGAGCAGUAUAUAUUUUGGACAGAAGAGGCGAACAACAUUGAACAAGGUCAAAUGCAGAAAUAAUCAAUACAAACUUGCUUAUGCUUCAGGACGCUUCGCACUCAAUGAAUUCUUGUAAUCUCCACAAUGGACAAUUUACUAAAAAUGCUUUACAGCUUACUGGUAAAGGCUUUCAGAACUUUCUUGUAAGUUUUGGCAUUGGUGUCGAUGUACGUGUGAAGGUACUGUAGUAAAUAUACAUAAACUAUUAAUUAUAUGCUUUAGUGAUUAAAUAGCUAUCUAGUUCUACAACUUAUCGUUUGCAGAGUGUAAUUAGAAUAAUUAAGGAUCGAAAUGGUAGAAACGGUGCUAAAUAAAUUUUGAAUAUAGUCGUCCA